CGUCGUUUCUUCUUCCACCCUGCCCUUUAAUAAUAUUGCCUCUUCACGCUUUCUUCCUGAUAAUUUUUUCCGUCAAGCAUUUCCUUUACAGGUCGAGAGGCUUAAAAAGAGAUGGCGGAGGAGCACAGGUGCCAAACGCCGGAAGGCCACCGUCUUUGCGUCAACAACUGCGGCUUUUUCGGAAGUCCGGCGACGAUGAAUCUUUGUUCGAAAUGUUAUAGAGAUUUUCGCCUUAAAGAACAAGGAGCGGCUUCAAUCAAAUCAUCUCUCUCUUGCUCCUCUUCGUCCUCCUCAGCGGUUGUCGAAUCCGUUUCUCAGGUUUCGCUAUUCACUCUCCCUGAAGUCAUCGGAGAAUCGCCUGCUCCGACCGUCGAGAUUGACAUGGCGGCUGAGCAGCGACCCCAGCAACAACCAAAUCGGUGCAUGGUUUACCGGAAACGAGUCGCGUUGGCCGGGUUCAGAUGCAGAUGCGGGAUUACGUUUUGCGGGUCGCACAGGUAUCCAGAAAAUCACGGGUGUACUUUCGAUUUCAAGACGAUCGGGAGAGAGGAGAUCGCACGCGCUAAUCCUGCGGUAAAAGCAGAUAAGCUCGAGAAGAUUUGAGAAGAGACUGGAAUAUCCAUUGGAUCUCUUGAUCUUCGAUGAAAGAAAA